AUGCAAGCCCCGCUGUCUGCGAAGCCCACAGGGUGCGCACCGGAGCCCGGGUUUCCCGGGUGGAGGAGGCGGUGCAGGCGGCGGUGGGAGCGGCGGGCCACGCACGGCGGCGGCGGGAGCGGCCAGGCACGCACGGCGACGGCGGCGGCGGGAGCCCUGGCCACGCACGGCGGUGGAAUCUGGAUCCCGGCCACGCGCGGCGGCGGCGGCGGCGGCGGCGGCGGGAGCCGGAGCCGGGCGCGCACUGCGGCGGCGGCGGCGGCGGCGGCGGCGGCGGCGGCGGUGGCGGCUGCAGGAGCGGCUGGAGCUGUGGCGGCGGCGGAUGGCCCAGAGCUGAUCUAUGCGGCGCUUGGAGGGGCUGUGUCUGCGGCGGCGGCGGCGGCGGCGGGGCCCUGCCCGCGAGCGGAGCGGGGACAAGAUGAAGUACCAGAAAUACCUGACGGUGCUGCAGAUGGCUAUCGGUGUCACCCCCUCCAACCGUGGCAGCCUCCUGCCGCUCAAGAGGAAGCUGUGAUAGUAUUCUCAUUUUGUCAAUGUCAUCAUAAUUGCACAUGAAGAAUUUGAGAUAUAAGGCAUUGUUACAUGACGAGAAGAUAGGAA